AUGUGUAUCUUCGCGCGCAAGAAAAAAUCCGCCAUGCAUCGUACCGUUCCUGCGGUCGAGACGGAAAUUUGUGCUACCUCGACCCGCAUCGAUCGCCCGUCUGCCUUGGUUGGCCCUUAUGGAGGACCCGUGCUCGUCCCAGUCACCACUGAUUCAUCGACUCCAGACGGCGUGGACCUGUCUUCUGCCUCGGUGGGCACAGACAGAGGGCCCGCCGUUGCUCCAGUUACUGUGGUGUCAUCUGCUGUAGCCAGCAUGGACCGGCUUCCUGCCAAUGCUGGCAUCGGUGCCUCGCCUUCUCAGAUGGAACCCAAUGCUACUUCGACCCGCAUCAAUCUCCUGUCUGCCAUGGUUGACCCGAAUGAAGGACCCGUGCUCGUCCCGAUCACCACUGAUUUGUCCACUUCACAGGGUGUGGACCUACUUUCUGUCCCGGUGGGCACAGACACAGGGCCCGACGUUGCUCCAGUUACUGUGAUGUCGUCUGCUGUAGCCGGCAUGGACCGGCUUCCUGCCAAUGCUGGCAUUGAUCCCUCGCCUUCCGGGACGGAACCUGGUGCUGCUUCGACCCGCAUCGAUAUCCCAUCUGCCUUGGAUGACCCGAAUGGAGGACCCGCUCUCGUCCCGGUCACCACUGAUUUAUCUACUUCACACGGCAUGGACUUGUCUCCUGCCCCGGUUGGAGCAGACAUAGGGCCCGCCGUCGCUCCAAUUACUAUGAUAUCGUCUGUUGUAGCCGGCAUGGACCGGCUUCCUGCCAAUGCUGGUGCUGGUCUCGUGCCUUUCCCACCUAACGAGGGUUCCCCGAGUGAGGCUUCUGUGCUUGAUAUGGGCUUACAGGCUGCUAUGGACCAUGAAGGACACUUCACUGCUAUGGUUGAUGAAGGCCAACUGGCUUCUAUGGUCAAUGAAGAAGAUCCUGCUGCUAUGAUUGAUGAAGGAUACUUGGCUACUACUGUGAAUGAAGAACACUUGGCUGCUAUGAUUGAUCAAGUUCAUCUGACCACUAUGGCUGAUGAGGGACAUUUGGCUGCUACGGCCAAUGAAGGACACCUGUCUUCUACAGGUCACAUUGCAUCUCUCUCCAUGGACAGUUCUUCUGCCUCAGAGUGCAUUUCUACCCCUGUUGACAUUGGUUCUCCACCUCCUCCAGCCAGUAAGAGAUCUCUGAUUAAGGCCCCUGCAUUUGACCUGGGUUUUACAGCUUCUGCAGUCCAUAAAGGUCUCCAGCCUGCUAUAGCCAGUAAUGCAUCUUUGCCUGCAUCAUCCAGUAUAGGACAUUUGUUCACCCCAGUUUUCUCAGAACGUUCUAUCACAGCCACUGCAGGAGAACUCCCUGCUGCAGUCAAUCAGACCUUUCUGCCUGGUCCAGUGACCAUAGGGCCUUUGCCUGCCCCAGCAUGGACAGCCCCUUACCUGGCUCCUGAGCUUGUGCAUAAGAUCAUGAAGAACUUGACAUGGUCAGAACCACAGGCAUUAGUCAAUUGUGCCCUUGCUUGCAAAGCCUGGCAUAAGCUCAGCAAAAAGCACCUGCCUGAGAUGCUGGAGCUGAACAGUUAUGUCAAAUUUCAUGAGCUGGCCCAAAUUAUUAUUAGCUCAGGUCGCAUAAAGGGGCCCAGCCCUAUAAAAUAUUUAGAUCUUGUUGAAGAUAUUAUCCCACACUUGUUCAAAGCUGUCACAGAGAUUGAAUUGCAUUUUCCAUUUUACAAAAGCCUUGACAAAAUGCAGACUUUUUUAGGUGCUUUUCCUAAGCUUGUCAACCUAAAGCUGGGCAUGAUCAGAUAUCGGCCAAAGGAUGAUCAGAGCUCAGCAUUAUCAGUAACUCCUGAUUUCAUUCCUGUUGAGCCUCAGCUUCAGCUGCAAAAGUUAGUUCUUGAAAAUGAGCCUGGUUCCUUGAAUACAAAUGCUGCCUUUGUUAAUUGGCUUGUCAGAGCAUUGGCCCCUCAUGCUUUUAAGGAACUUCAAGUAAAGAUGAUGCAAGCACUUUUCAGACCUGUCAAAAUGGAUCACAUGAAUAAGAUACUGAAGAUCUUAGGAGGUGCCAUUCAGACCUUCAAGUUAGAAGUACAGAGUGGAUUUCUAGCUGAUCAACAAAUAGCUCUGGCCUACUGCAUCAGCUUAAUCAGUCUUACACUGAGAACAUGGGAUAAUCAUCCAUUAGACACUUUGUGGAACAAUGUUGCAAACACUCUUUCACAGAUUGCAAGCACUCAGCUUCAAAUGCUUAAUAUGGGUUUCAAAUCUGAUAUCAAGGAUUCCACUAUGCUUGAAAAUUUUCUUGAGAAUUUGGAUAAACAUAAUGCAAAUCUCAUCAAUGGGGUCAUCAAGCAUGAAAAGUUCUUAGAACUGAAAACAGUUUCUAUAGACUUUAAACUCCCAUACAUUGAUGAUAAAGAGAUGAAGGAGAACAUUCAAGACAAAGUGAAAGUUCAUAUACAGUCUAUGUUCGCUGCAUGGGAUGUCAGAGGCAUUGUGAAUGUUUCAGUUAACAGAGUUUAG